AUGGGGGCGGCUCGAUCUCGCUCUGGAUGUUUGUCUUGCAGACGUCGGAAGAAGAAAUGCGAUGAAAAAAAGCCAAUAUGCACGGCUUGUUUGCGCAAUAAUCUCGGUUGUGUUUGGCCUGACCCGAGCACGCAGGAUGGUCAAUUUGCAUCACAACUGCAUGGACUGAGCACCCGGCCUGCAGCUGAAUCGGAUGCGUGGGCCUUUGCAUUUGUUGGGGCGCGCCCGAACUUGCCGACCACAACGAUUCCCUCGUCGCUUUCCCAUCUUGUCUUACCAGGGUCAGUGUCACCGGUGUCUGAGACCUGGACGCUUCUUGACCAUUACUUGAAAGAUACUGCCAAUCAUCUGGCAUGUUUACAGGACAGCCGAAACCCAUUCCUGCACACGAUACUCCCAGCCGCUCUCGAUGAUGAGCUCCUCAUGAAUUCCAUUUUGGCACUGUCUGGCACACAUUUGAUGCAACGGAAUCCCCAUUUAUCUCGAGAAAUCCAAACUUUGACUUGGUCAAGCUAUCGCCGAGCUUUGAAACAACUUAGAGUGGCUUUGUCUAUGGCGUUUGGUGGGCGCGGCGAACGUCGCAAUGACGAGGAUAUUUGGAACAUAUUACUAGUCGUCUUGAUAUUUUAUCUUUUGGAGGCCACUAGAGGCAAUGACCCGAAGGCAAUGCAAGGCCAUCUCGAUGGUGCACAUCACUUGAUGGGCUAUUUGUCCGGUUCGAAGUCCAGCCUUUCUCAAACUAACAUUGUUUCAUUAACCAUGGAGCUAUAUGUGUACAAUGCAUCUCUUGCAUCGUUCACAACGAAUUAUAAACCUACAGCACUACCUAUGUCUUUAACAAUAAAUCCCAAUGUGUUCACGGGCAGCAAUAUUGGGGUAAUGUGUGGCUGUGCCUAUGAACUCUUUACUUACGUGCCAAAGGUUUCAGAACUUCUAUGGGAGUUGGCAUCCAACCAAAUCGCCUCACUAGAGGACCGUUACACAGCCCAAUACCACUAUCUCAAGGCCCAGAUCGAAAGCUGGAGGCCACAAAGCCAAGAAAAAGACAUGGUUUUAUGUGCAGAGCUCUAUCAGCAAAGUCUUUUGUUGCUUUUGGAUUUUCAUUUCUCUGGUCAUAGAUCACAAAGUCUCGAUGCAUCUUUUCUGAACCUCAAAAUGAUUCUAUCUCGCUUAUCUCCCAGCUCGCCCAUGUCCACCACGGUGACUUGGCCACUGUUUGCUUUUGGCAUGAUGGCGCAUCAUGACCGUUUCAAGGAGCUUAUCAGAUCAUAUUUACAGUCAUUGGUGAGUAUAUUUGGAAUGGGGGUCAUGUCCACCGCUCUUGCACAACUAGAGCAAGCUUGGCAAAUAAAUCAUGGCGAGGAUGAUAUCGGAACGUUCUUUAUGAACCAAAAUAACCUACCUCUGAUUUGCUAG